CCAGAACGUGACGUCGUACGUAUGAUACGUGUUUCAAGACCGGGAACCGAAGAGGCUGUGCACGUUCACUUCUAGGCAAACUUCAGACUACUACAUAUAAGAGAGUCAUUAAGUGUUGCCAUCAUGCCUGCUAAAAAGACUACCACCAAGAGGAAGUUUGAGCCAGUUGUUGUGGAGGAGAAUGAAGGAUCCAAGAAAGUGAAAGUUUCCCACAGGAGCCAUGGCAAGGAGGCGGGUCAGGUUCUUGUUCUGGGCCAGGGCGAUGUUGGACAGCUGGGUCUUGGCGAGAACACCAUUGAGAGGAAGAAGCCAGCCCUUGUGUCGCUGCCAGAAGAAAUUGUGCAAGUGAUAGCUGGAGGCAUGCACACAGUGUGCCUCAGCGUCACUGGCCAAGUCUACACUUUUGGUUGUAACGACGAUGGAGCCCUUGGCCGGGACACAUCAGUGGAGGGGUCUGAGAUGGUUCCAGAGAAGGUGGUGUUGGAGGAGAAGGUGGUGCAGGUGUCGGCGGGGGACAGCCACACAGCUGCGCUCACAGAGGAAGGGACAGUCUACAUGUGGGGCUCCUUCAGGGAUAACAACGGUGUAAUAGGUCUUCUGGAGCCGAUGAAAACAUGCACUCUUCCAAUCAAAGUCCCCAUGACAGAAGCUGUUGUGAAAAUUGCAUCAGGAAACGACCACCUUAUACUGGUUACACUGGAGGGGAAUCUGUACUCAUCGGGCACUGCAGAGCAGGGGCAGCUGGGCAGAGUGCCCGAGCGCUUUUCAGACAGAGGAGGCAGGAAAGGCCUCGGCCGGUUGCUGGUACCACAGAUCGUUAAAGUUAAAGGAAAAGUUCACUUUGUCGAUGCCUUCUGCGGCGCGUACCUCACCUUUGCUGUGUCAAAAGACGGCUAUGUUUAUGGAUUUGGUCUCUCCAACUAUCAUCAGCUGGGCACUAAAAGCACCAAGAUGUGUUUUGACCCAGUAAAACUGACCUGCUUCAAAAACUCUACCACUUCCUGGGUGGACUUCUCUGGAGGACAGCAUCACUCACUCUGCCUCGACGCUGAAGGACAGGUAUACUGCCUGGGCAGAGCAGAGUACGGCCGUCUGGGUCUGGGCGAGGGGGCCGAGGAGAAGAGCGAGCCCACGCCGGUGACGGGGAUGGAGCCGGCAUGCAGGCUGUCCUGCGGGGCAUCGGUCAGCGUCGCCGUCACCAGAGAAGGAUCUGUGUACGCCUGGGGCAUGGGCACCAACCUGCAGCUCGGCACCGGAGAUGAGGACGACAAGUGGAGCCCCGUGAAGAUGACCGGCAAGCAGCUGGAGAACCGUACAGUACUGAUGGCGUCCAGCGGAGGGCAGCACACAGUCCUUCUGGUCAAAGACAAGCAGGAGAGCUGAUGUCCAGCGCAGACAGAGAGCUGCUGAUCCGUUUGGAGGUGGGGCUUUUUUCACAAUGACUAAAUCUGGGGAGGGGUUGAUCUAUCUGUGACUUCCUGUGCUGAGCCGAGAGAGUGUGAGAGGUUCGGACCCUUUUACGAGAACACUUCUCUUUCUGGUGUGCGAAAAAUGUUCAUGGAUGUUCUGUAGAUCAUGACAAAUAAGAGACUAUUUUUUUUAAAUCUAGUUUUUGAUGUUCCCUUUGAAUUCCUUUCAUAAAAAGUCAUUCAGUAUGACUGUAAGAUGUUAUAUGUGAUGUUUGUGAAUGUGACUGUUGCAUGUACGUAAAGGAAAUAAGAGUGCAAGCUUUUAAUGACUUCCCCAAACAAUAGUCUUUUUAAUAUUUUUUUCUUUAAAGCAAUAAUAUCGCUGACCUUGGUUCAGACAGGACAGUUCUACUCGAUGAGUUUAAUAUGUGAGACUACUGUUCAUUACUGGGCACACACAACUGGUUGUCACUAUUUGGAUAUUUGGUAACACGUCACACUGUAUACUGCAUUUUAUUGCUUUUCCUGCCUGAAAAUAAAGAUACAAUUUUAAGUUUUUAAA